GGGGCCGGGAGGAGAAGGCCCAGGGGCUCAGGGGGCGGGAAGUUGCUCUUACCACGGGGGUGCAGAGGGCUGGGCCCCGCCGCCGCCCAGCCCCGACAUGGAGGAGCUGCUCCGGAGCGUGGAGAGGGACCUGAACAUAGAUGCCCGGCAGCUGGCUCCGGCUCCGGGGGGCACCCACGUGGUGGCCCUGGUGCCCGCGCGCUGGCUGGCCAGCCUCCGCGAGCGCCGCCUGGGACCCUGCCCGCGGGCAGAGGGCCUGGGCGAGGCGGAAGUCAGGACUCUCCUGCAGCGCUCCGUGCAGAAGUUGCCCGCGGGCUGGACGCGAGUGGAGGUGCACGGGCUGAGGAAGCGGAGACUGGCCUACCCGCUGAGUGGGGGGUUGCCCUUCGAGGAGGGGGCGUCAUGCAACCCAGAGACUCUCACGCGCUUCAUGCAGGAUGUGGCUGCCCAGAACUACCGCAACCUGUGGCGCCGUGCCUACCACGCUCAUGCUCAACCCUACAGUCACAGCCCGACGCCCUCGGGCCGCCCUGCCCUGGAGUUUCUUCGGCAGGCUCUGCAGAGGGUCUAUGGCUGCCCUUUCCUGCCAGUCGGGGAGGCCAGCGAGGCCCCGUCGUCUUUGUCUGGCAGAGAUGGGCCCGGCCUCCCGCAGGGCAGCCCUGCCUGCCCCAGUCUCCUGCGAGCGGAGGCCCUGUUGGAGUCACCGAAGAUGCUGUAUGUUAUACACCCCUACGUGCAAUUUUCCCUGCACGAUGUGGUCACCUUUAGUCCAGCCAAGCUGACCAACAGCCAAGCCAAAGUGCUCUUCCUCCUCUUCCGCGUGCUGAGAGCCAUGGACGCCUGUCACCGCCAGGGGCUGGCCUGCGGGGCCCUGUCUCUGCAUCACAUCGCAGUGGAUGAGAGGCUGUGCAGCGAGCUGCGGCUGGACCUGGGCGCUUACGAGAGUCUGGAAGAAGAGGAGGAGAACCCUGGAGGGAGGGAUGCAGCAGACAGGAAGUCUGGAGCAGAGGGGGCAAGGGGCCCCAGGUGUCGCACCUGUCAAGAGGAGCUGAGGGGCUUGGUGCUCGACUGGGUGCAUGGCCGCAUCAGCAACUUUCACUACCUCAUGCAGCUGAAUCGCUUGGCGGGUCGUCGGGAGGGGGAUCCCAAUUACCACCCAGUGCUGCCCUGGGUGGUGGACUUCACUGUGCCCCAUGGGCGCUUUCGGGACUUGCGCAAGUCCAAGUUCCGCCUGAACAAAGGCGACAAGCAGCUGGACUUCACAUACGAGAUGACACGGCAGGCGUUUGUAGCUGGGGGCGGGGCGGGCGGUGGGGAGCCACCCCACGUCCCCCAUCACAUCUCAGACGUACUCUCCGAUAUCACGUACUAUGUGUACAAGGCUCGGCGCACCCCCCGCUCGGUGCUCUGCGGGCAUGUCCGGGCCCAGUGGGAACCUCACGAGUACCCCGCCAGCAUGGAACGCAUGCAGAGCUGGACGCCCGACGAGUGCAUCCCCGAGUUUUACACCGAUCCUUCCAUCUUCUGCUCCAUCCACCCCGACAUGCCUGACCUGGAUGUGCCAGCCUGGUGUGGCUCCAGCCAGGAGUUCGUGGCUGCCCACCGGGCACUGCUAGAGAGCCAGGAGGUGUCGCGGGACCUGCACCAUUGGAUCGACCUCACUUUUGGCUAUAAACUCCAGGGCAAAGAGGCCGUGAAGGAGAAGAACGUGUGUCUGCACCUGGUGGACGCACACACGCACCUGACCAGCUAUGGCGUGGUGCAGCUCUUCGAUCAGCCGCACCCCCAGCGCCUGACUGGGCCGCCUACCCUUGCCCCUGACCCGCCUCACAUCCCCCGACUACUGGUACAGACCAUCCAGGAGACCACAGGCCAGGAGGACGUUCAAGGACAGUUCACAAAUGGGGCAGGCAGGCUGGUUUUAGAGGCCACUCCCUGUGAGGCCGGUUGGACCAGGGACAGGCCUGGGGCUGGGGAGGAUGACUUGGAGCAGGCUACUGAAGCUCUGGAUUCCAUCUCUGUGGCUGGCAAGACAGGGGACCAGCCGGCGGGCUCCUCCAGCCAAACCUCCGCUGGCCUCCUGUCUUUCUCAGUGGCUUCGACGUCCCGGCCUAGCCGCAGGAACAAGGCUACCGGGGCAGACCCUGCGGAGGGCGAGGAGGGGAAGAUCCUCCUCCCCGAGGGUUUCCAUCCUAUGCAGGCGCUUGAGGAGCUGGAAAAAAUGGGCAAUUUCCUGGCCAAAGGCCUGGGGGGCCACCUGCAGGUGCCCGCAGAGCCCCGGGCCCAGCCGCCUGUGCAGCUGCAAGAUCUCUUCCAGCGGGAUAUGCAGGCUCUGGGUGUCCUGCUGGCCGAGAUGGUGUUUGCCACUCGAGUCCGGACACUGCAACCAGAUGCGCCUUUGUGGGUACGCUUUGAGGCUGUGCGGGAGCUGUGCUCACGUCACCCCAAGGAGGUUCCUGUGUCCUUGCAGCCCGUAUUGGAUACACUCCUGCAACUGAGUGGGCCGAAAGGGCUCACAGUGGCCAAAUGGGGCAAACUGGCCCCACUAUUCAAAUAUAGGCCUGUCUCCCAGGGCUUGCCCCCACCGAGCCCGGCUCAGCUCCUCAGCCCCUUCAGCUUGGUGGUGCCCUUCCCUCCAUAUUUCCCAGCAUUGCACAAGUUCAUCCUCCUAUACCAGGCAAGGCGGGUGGAGGAUGAAGCCCAGGGCCGGGAGCUGGUGUUUGCUCUGUGGCAGCAGCUGGGUGCAGUGCUGAGCGACAUCACCCCCGAAGGCCUGGAGAUCCUGCUGCCCUUCGUGCUGUCCCUCAUGGGCGAGGAGCACACGGCUGUGUACACAGCCUGGUACCUAUUUGAACCUGUUGCCAAGGCGCUGGGCCCCAGGAAUGCCAAUAAGUACCUCUUGAAGCCUCUCAUUGGCGCCUAUGAAAGCCCCUGGCAGUUGCACGGCCGUUUCUACCUGUACACGGACUGCUUUGUGGCCCAGCUGAUGGUGCGGCUGGGCCUGCAGGCCUUUCUUGUGCACCUGCUGCCCCAUGUGCUGCAGGUACUGGCAGGUGUGGAGGCCUCCCAGGAGGAGAGCAAGGGCCUGGCGGGGGCCGCCGAGGAUGAGGACGUCGAGCUUCCAGGCUCCUGUGCCUUUGGAGAGGAGAUUCCGAUGGAUGAGGAGCCUGCAGCUGCCUCGGGCCUGGGGCUCCCCGACUACACGUCUGGAGUCAGCUUCCACGACCAAGCCGAUCUCCCCGAGACUGAGGACUUCCAAGCCGGACUCUACGUGGCGGGGUCUCCGCAGCCCCAGGAGGCUGAGGCUGUGAGUCUGGGCCGGCUGAGUGACAAGAGCAGCACCAGCGACACCUCCCUGGGAGAAGAACGGACUGCGGAUGAGGGAUGUGCCCCAGUGGACAAGAACAGCCUCAGGUCAGGGGACAGCAGCCAGGACCUGAAGCAGAGCGAGGGCUCGGAGGAGGAAGAGGAAGAAGAAGAAGGCUGCGUGGUGUUAGAGGAAGAAGAGGAGGAGGGGGAGCAGGAGGAGGUCACGGGGGCAUCAGAGCUCACUCUGUCCGACACGGUGCUGUCCAUGGAGACCGUCGUGGCCGGUGACAGCCGGGGAGAGGAGGACGAAGAGGAGGAGCCACUGACUGGGCAGAUGGAAGGCAAAGAACAGAGGAUCCUGCUUGAUACUGCUUGCAAGAUGGUCCGCUGGCUGUCCGCCAAGCUCGGCCCCACUGUAGCCUCCCGUCAUGUGGCCCGGAACCUGCUCCGCCUGCUCACUUCUUGUUACGUUGGGCCCACUCGGCAACAAUUCAUGGUUAGCAGUGGGGAGAGCCCCCCGCUGAGUGCCGGCAGCAUCUACCAGCGGAGGCCAGUACUGGGCGACAUCGUGUCGGCACCCGUGCUCAGCUGCCUCCUGCACAUCGCCCACCUGUAUGGGGAGCCGGUCCUCACCUACCAGUACCUGCCCUACAUCAGCUACCUGGUGGCGCCUGGGAGCGCUUCCGGGCCCAGCCGGCUCAACAGCCGCAAGGAGGCAGGGCUGCUGGCUGCCGUGACCUUGACACAGAAGAUCAUUGUGUACCUCUCGGACACCACCCUCAUGGACAUCCUGCCCCGGAUCAGUCACGAGGUCUUGCUGCCCGUGCUGAGCUUUCUCACUUCCCUGGUCACUGGGUUCCCAAGUGGGGCCCAGGCCCGCACCGUCCUAUGCGUCAAGACCAUCAGCCUCAUCGCCCUCAUCUGCCUGCGCAUUGGUCAGGAGAUGGUCCAGCAGCACCUGAGCGAGCCCGUGGCCGCCUUCUUUCAGGUCUUCUCGCAGCUGCAUGAGCUUCGGCACCAGGAGCUGAAGCCAGAUCCCGUGGGCCGCAGCGAGGGCCAGCUUCCGGAGGUGGCCUUCUCCGAUGGGCAGCAGCGGCCAGUGGACCCCAGCCUGCUGGAUGAGCUGCAGAAGGUGUUCACCCUGGAGAUGGCAUACACCAUCUACGUGCCCUUCUCCUGCCUGUUGGGUGACAUCAUCCGGAAAGUCAUCCCUAACCACGAGCUGGUAGGGGAGCUUGCAGGGCUGUAUUUGGAGAGCAUCAGCCAGAGCAGGCACAACCCUGCUGGCAUGGAACCCGCCAUGCCCAGUAGCAGCAGCAGCCCUGAGCGAGAUCCCCCUGGCGGCGGCUGCCCCCAAGACGACGGCCACUCGGGCACGUUUGGGAGCGUCCUGGUGGGGAACCGCAUCCAGAUCCCCCAUGACCCUCAGCCUGAGAGCCCCGGCCCACUGGGCCCCAUGUCUGGGGUGGGCAGCGGAGGCCUUGGUGGCAGUGGCAGCGGCAGGGGCAGCGGCAGCGGGACGGAGGACAAUGCCCUGAAGCGGGAGCUGCCACGCAGCGCGCACGGGCUGAGCGGCAACUGGCUGGCAUAUUGGCAGUACGAGAUUGGCGUGAGCCAGCAGGAUGCCCACUUCCACUUCCACCAGAUCCGCCUGCAGAGCUUCCCGGGCCACUCGGGAGCUGUCAAGUGUGUGGCGCCCCUGAGCAGUGAGGACUUCUUCCUCAGCGGCAGCAAGGACCGCACCGUGCGCCUCUGGCCACUCUACAACUACGGGGAUGGUACCCGGGAGACCGCCCCGCGCCUCGUCUAUGCUCAGCAUCGCAAGAGUGUCUUCUAUGUGGGCCAGCUUGAGGCCCCGCAGUACGUGGUGAGCUGUGACGGGGCCGUGCACGUCUGGGACCCCUUCACAGGGAAGACCCUCCGUGUGGUGGAGCCAUUGGACAGCCGCGUGCCUCUCACCGCUGUGGCUGUCAUGCCUGCCCCAUACACCAGCAUCACCAUGGCCAGCUCUGACUCGACCUUGCGCUUUGUGGACUGCAGGAAGCCUGGCCUGCAGGUGCCCCCAGUUCCCUGGGCCGGGGCCUGGCAGGCAGGAAGGAAGGACCAACCAAGAGAGAAAGCCCAGACUUGUCCCCAGGCUCCUGUUAACUCCUGUUGGAAGUAGAUCAUCCCCAGCAGCAAAGCCUGGCAGGAGCGGACUCUGGCCUGCGAGGGUGGGGGGCGGGUUCUGGACUUUUCUGUCCCCCUGUUGGAGGUGGCAAGCUUG